AUGGCUUCAACUCAACCAGCCAGCCAGCGCCCGCCGUCUGAGGCCCCAUUCCGCUGCGCACAUUUUUGCUCAAUUGCUUGUUUUUAUUUUUCUCUCAGUCUUACUCGUACGUCUUAUCGCGCUGCUGGAGUCGCUAGAAGCCCGGACCUGCAUCUCCCUGCAGGUGGCCCAGUUACUAGCGGCGCUUCUGCUUCUGCUCUGUUCUGCAACCCCUGCAUCUGCGUCUGGCCAUCCGACGAACCUGGCCUGCUGGGAGCCACUCUUUUCACUUCUGCUAGACACAGUCAGCGACAAAACGGAGGGAGACGGAUCGAGAGAAGCCAUAGAAGGGAUGUCGAUGUCCACGGAGCUGAAGCCACGCGUAGGCGGUCAAGGACAGUCAAGACAACCGGGAAUAUACCUGGCAACGCCCCAUCGCGAUGCUGGGAGGCCCAUGUACAGCACGAACAUGCUGUACCUGUUCUGGACCUGGGAGCUCAAGUACCGCAUGAAUAA